GCUGCCCAGCCCAGUUUCUCUUCAUAGAUAUUCUCAUUUAUAUUUAUACACAUUGUUGUAUAAUGAUUUGAUCAGUCUCUGUCUUGCCACUCAUCUAUUAGUUUCACGAAGGCAGAACCUAUUAUUCUUACCAUUUUAUCCUCAAAGCCUGCUGUAGUGCCUGGCACACACUAGGCACUCAAUAAAAGUUUGUUGCAUGGGGGAGCCUGGGUGGCUCAGUCGGUUAAGCAUCUGACUCUUGAAUUCAGCUCAGGUUAUGAGCUCAGGGUCUUGAGAUCAAGCCAGGCAUUAGGCUUUGCACUCAGCUCAGUGGGAAGUCAGCUUGAGAUUCUCUCUCCCUCUCCCUCCGCCCCUCUCCCUACUCAUGUUUUUUUUUUCCCUCUCUCUCAUAAAUAAAUAAAUAAAUAAAUAAAUAAAUAAAUAAAUAAUUUUUUUAAAGGUUUGCAGCAUGAACGAAGAAAGGAAUAAACAAACGUAGUGACUUGCCCAGGGUCAAUAAGGCAAGACAGACCAUAGCCAAGUAUUCUAGUCCAAGUAUUUCUAGUCCAGCUUACUAGCCUUCUCACAAAGACCUUGUCCUGGAUUGUUUUGAGUGAUUGCAACCAAAGCAACUUCACAACUCAGGUCCAAUUUCUCAACUCCACCAUUUUCUAUGGAUGACAUUUAUGCAGCAAGGAGAUGUGAUAGUCUAGCAACUUUUCUUUUUUUCCAAGAACAACAUGUUACCUUUUUGCUCUAUUUUGAAGGUUUUUUUAAAAAAUGAUAAACCAUGCCUCUAUUUAAAACUUGUAAACCUUUUUGAGAUUCCCAGAAGAAAUAUAAGGUGUAGGUCACAAAGAACAAUUUCAUCUCUUGCAAUAGAAUUUCCUGUUCAAAAAAUGAUGUUAAUAUGAAAAGCUGAUAUCUCUAAAAGAACAUUCUGUUAGGUGGGUAAUCAUCAUCGUAUUGCCAGCUGCUGUAUAUACCGUUCUCUUAAGAAUGAGAACGUAAAAAGCCACUUUGCUGUGUAGAAGUGCCUGUGUGUUUCAUAAAAUCCACAUAAAAUGUUCAGUGGUUAAAGGAGCAGCUGCUAUAUUUAUAAGACCAAUAAGUAAACUGUCACCCUUGAAGAAGCUUGAAGAUGUGAUUCUCAAGGGUCUUUGGUGCCAUGGCUGAAAAUGGAAUCAUUAUUUUUCAACUUGCCUUGCUCACGUCAUUGACUCCCACCUGCAGCCGGUCCAGUGGUUAUAAGUAGCCAUGAAUUGCCUUAGAGGUUGUAAACAGGGUGGCUAACCAGGGCCAGCCAAAGCCCACCACCUGGUAAGUGUUAUUAGUCCUUUCUGUGUGUUUCAUUUCCAUAUCAUACGUUGGGGAGGGGAGACCAUCUAUGCCAGUGUGGUGUGUGUCUUCUCAGACGUGUGUGUCCAUACAAUUCUCACUUUGGGGUAUAUUUUUUCUUUUUCUUUCUCCUCCUCCUCCCUCUUCUUCACUUCUGGAGACUGCUGUCUUAACACUUAUGUAGUUUAAGGUUUUUGUUUUUGUUUUUUAAGAAUUGCACUUUCUUCGAAGACAACAAAGUGCAUGUUUUUCAAAGAUGAGAAGGCAUACUCAGACUUUCUAGGUUGUAUUUAUGAUUGCUUUGUUUAUCACUGCAUAAUGCUCUCAUCAUCAUAAACUCCUCUGAGGUCAUCAACUGGAUUUGGGGAUCUUCAGUUGCAAAUGAAUGUGGAAAAAAGACGGCUGUGAAAUUCAGAUGAAAUAAUAUACUAUUUCUUCCUCCUGUCUCUUUUAAAAAAUACUUCCUCUUUCUCUUUUCCACAUCUGCCCUCCCUUCUUUUACCUUCUUCCUUCCCCUCCUUCUUUUUCUUUUCUCCCUUUCUUCUCUCUCUGACCAUUGACAUUGCUCCGAUCCUUCUUUCCACUCAGCUUCAUUCCACCAUGCCCAAAGCAUCCCUGCUGCUGUGUGUUGCCUUGGUGCUACUUGGGCUUGUGCAUGGAGCCACACUGAGAAACAAGGAGAAAUGGAAGUCACUGAACAACCCCAGAAACAGAGAUCUGUUUUUCAGAACCCUUCAGGCGUAUUUUAAGGGACGAGGUCUCGAUCUCGGGAGGUUUCCAAACACUUUCUCCAUGAACGAGAAUCCUAGAGCUCUCACUUUCCAAUCAGAACUUCUUGCCUCUGCAUUUGCAGAUUAUGAAGAGGAGAAAAACUCCUUUCCCAAAUACCUCAAAGGCUGAAUGUUUCCUCUGAACACAGGUAAGUUAUCCUUUUAUUCCCAGGAUCUACCCAAUUAUACAACUCAAGCAUAAAGAGAUUUUGAAAGUAUUUAUUUGAAAAAUGAUUUUAUUUCCUCAUAGAAACAUGUACUCAGUUCUGAUGAUACUCAUCACUGUUAGUAUUUGGAU